CAUGAAAUCUGACUCAUCGAAACGAUUGAUCCCGCCAAAAUCUUCGAGAUUUACAAUUUUUGGAGAGUACAAAUCUACUUAAGGUUCCUACGGUUUAGGUAUGGAAGAAUUUCAAACAACAAGAGUUAAUGCUUCGAUGUUACCUAGCUUUCAUGGCAGAAACGUUUCUGUCCUUGGAAUGGCUAAAGAUGUGGAUAGUAAUGGAACAGCCUUUACAUUAACAAGUUGUGAUGGAAGUGAUAUCAGGGUUAACAUGCAAGAACCGCUGAGUGAGUAUGUGUCUGGUUUGACUGAGGUACAAGGACAAGUGGAUGGAAGAAACAAUAUUCAGUGCCAGACUUACAUAACCUUUCCUGAAGAAGUCUCACAAAAGUUCAACAUGGAGAAUUACAAUGCAGCAGUAGAGUUGAUGGCGCGAUGUCCACAGUUUUACCAGCAAGGCAUACAGCCACAACAGUCAUAGCAAAACUUGUGUAACAUCCUGUGUUUACUGAUACCAGAGGUCAACAUAUGGGGAACUUGCAGGUGGAUAUUUAAAUAGUGCCACAUGGACAUUUGAUACAAACUCUUAACAUAGUGUUUCAAUCAAUCUCAUUGUUUGAUAUAAACUCCAGGUCACAUGCAUAUUUCAUAGUGUUUGGAUAAUUAAAAGGAAUUUUCAACAUGAUAUGUAAAAAUAUGUUUUCUAUCAGCUGUCAGAACAAAAUUGGUAGAAGUAGUGGCCAAUUAAAUGUUCUUCUUUUAUGUGGCACUGAUAACAUUAAUAAGUUGUAAACUGUAAAUAUGCUGUUGGUGCAGAUAUUCUGUACCGUAGAUACCCAUGUAUAAUGCGCACCCGUGUAUAAUGCGCAUCCCCGAUUUUGGCCCAAAAUCCUGGGGGAAAAAAUUUUUUUGGUCAAUUUUGAGGUGGAUGGAAAACGAAAGUAGAGUUUACAUCGACACCGGUAAAAAAAAUUUAUCUCCGCGGCGGAGAGCAGCAUCGGUCUCACGGUACUAUCGAUUUUUGUUUUCUCGAAAAUAAAACCAGUAAAAUAUUGUUUUAUUAGCUCAUCUGAUUUUUUGAAAAAAAAUGAUGAGUUAUUGUCAUCACUUGAGCGGUUGUCGGCGUCGGCGUAGGCGUUGCCUGGUUAAGUUUUAUGUUUAGGUCAGCUUUUCUCCUAAACUAUCAAAGCUAUUGCUUUGAAACUUGGAAUACUUGUUCACCAUCAUAAGCUGACCCUGUAUAGCAAGAAACAUAACUCCAUCUUGCUUUUUGCAAGAUUUAUGGCCCCUUUUGUACUUAGAAAAUAUCAGAUUUCUUGGUUAAGUUUUAUGUUUAGGUCAACUUUUCUCCUAAACUAUCAAAGCUAUUGCUUUGAAACUUGGAAUACCUGUUCACCAUCAUAAGCAGACCCUGUACAUCAAGAAACAUAACUCCAUCUUCCUUUUUGCAAGAUUUAUUGCCCCUUUUGGACUUAGAAAAUCAGUUUUCUUGGUUAAGUUUUAUGUUUAGGUCAGCUUUUAUCCAAAACUAUCAAAGCUAUUGCUUUAAAACUUGCAACACUUGUUCACCAUCAUAAGUUGACCCUGUACAGCAAGAAACAUAACUCUGUCCUGCUUUUUGCAAGAUUUAUGGCCCCUUUUGGACUUAGAAAAUAUCAGAUUUCUUGGUUAAGUUUUAUGUUUAGGUCAACUUUUUCUCUUAAACUAUCAAAGCUAUUGCUUUGAAACUUGCAACACUUGUUCACCAUCAUAAGCUGACCCUGUACAGCAAGCAACAUAACUCCAUCCUGCUUUUUGCAAUAAUUAUUGCCCCUUUUGGACUUAGAAAAUCAUUUUCUUGGUUGAGUAUUAUGUUUAAGUCAACUUUUCUCAUAAACUGUCAAAGCUAUUGCUUUAAAACUUGCAACAGUUUUUCACCAUCAUAAGUGGACACUGUACAUCAAGAAACAUAACUCUAUCCUGCUUUUUGCAAGAAUGAUGGCCCUUUUUAGACUUAGAAAAUCAUGGGUAGGACAAUAUUUCUAUUACACAAAAAAAAUCAGAUGAGCGUCAGCACCCGCAAGGCGGUGCUCUUGUUUGUUGUUUUACCUUUUUAAUUAACUAUUUUGAAUAAAUAAACAGCAGCUGAUUAAAUAUUUCGGAAUGGUAUCUUUCAAAAUGACAUGAUCUUUUCAGUUUAAACCAAUAACAAAAGGUGUGAUAGUCUUUUUGUCACGAUCAAAUAGCCAGUAAUUACCAGCAAUUAACGUGUCACCUCGUGUCAGUUAUGUUGUUCACAGUUUGAUCUUGGUUAAAGAUAAUUCUCGAUCUUUAAUUAGUAUCAUAGUUUUUGUGAUUUAUUAACAUUUCUUUCAUCAAAAUACUUUUAAAUUUAUAUGAAACUAAUUUUGUUUGAAAGAAAAAUAAACCAUUCGAUCUUUUACGGAACGUAACGGCAAUCUUAGAUUUUAGCGGUGACAGUAAGCGCGGGGAGUAGUUUCCCUUUACCAAAAUGGCGAACAUCGGUAACAAACUUGUUUUGAAGUUGGAAAAUUGUCUGUACCUGUGUAUUAUGCGCACCCACGAUUCGGGGGUGGUCCCGGGGGUAAAAAAACUGCGCAUUAUACAUGGGUAUCUACGGUAAGUGUUGUAAUAAGUCGGCAAAUAUUUGGUGCUAGACCAAAAAUUGGAAACUUGACUUGUUAGGGCAGUUUUGAUACAGUACAGUGCCGACAUGCAGUUCUUUAAUUCACAUGCACCAAAUAUGCAGAUUGUACCAAGAUCAAUGGCGAUAAAUGGACAAAUCAGACUAAAAUAUGAUACCAAUUUAAGACGUCCACAGACUGUUUUACAGGAGAUCUUUUUGAGACUAAAUCUAAUAUCAGCUCGUGCUACUCAUUUGUUCAGUAAAUAUUAUUUCCUACUUAUAUUAGCAGUAUUAAAAUGAGUCAGAUGAACAUUAAGUGAGACAAUUUGUACAAAUGUAUCUAUUGAUCAUCUAUACUAACAGAUUGUAAAAUACCUUUUCUUAAAAGUUGACACAAUAGUACAUACUGUAAUAUGCAGCUUUGAACAAUGUAUAGUAUUCUUUCACAAGAUGCUGAAGUGCAGACAUGUGCAAAAAAUAGGUUUCUUUUACUGUGUCUGACCACAAUCAAAGUUUAAUAAAAAAAAAAAACAUGAGUGAAUGUAAUCAUCUGUUUAAGUUUACUUUGAAAAUUUUUAGGUAAUUAUAUUUCUAUCAGUAAAAUUGAUAUUAUCA